AUGGCACAUAGUUCAAGGCAGGCCUCUCUUGCCUUAAUCCUGGCCUCAGAGGCUGAAAGACAAGGCAGGAUGGGUAGAGGGCAGGGCUUGGGGAGGAACCAGCCCGGGCUCCACCCUUCCCACGUCAGAGCCAUGGGGAGCCCAGGUCCUGGUGGGCCACCCCAGGUGCAAGCGCCCUACACUGUUCUGCUGCUUCCACUGCAGACAAGCCGCCAAGACCCAGGGGCCCUGAGCUUCUUCCUCUGGCUGCAGAUGAUGCAGGCUCUGGAGAGGGAACAAGACGCUCUGUGGCAGGGUCUGCAGCUGCUGGAGCAGGGCCAGGCCUGGUUUGCAGACCACCUAAGGGAGGCACAGCAGCGGCAGUUGCAUCUGGGGGCCCUCGGUGAGGAUUUUCUAAUGAACAUAGACUCAGCGACUGACUCCCCACAGCUCACCCAGAUUCAAAAGGUGAACGCUUGUUUGCGCUGUCUGAUUCAGGUGAGCCUCUUGUUUUCAAUGUACAGACUUUGGGGAGGUGGGGGGCUUUUGGAGUCGCAAGGCUGGUUCCUGCCUGGCCCAGAGCCAGGAGGAAAUGCCAAGGGAGGAGAACUUGUGGUAGCAAUGGACAGACUAAAGGUGUGA